UUUUCAAAAUGUUGUUAUUAUUAUUAUUAAAACAAUUUGCAAUUUUGCUCUCAUUUCUUGUAAUAUUUUCUCAUGGCAAAUCAGUGUACGAUCAACGACAGGAUGGAAAAUUAAAUGUUCACGCACAAUUGGACAAUAUUAUGAUUGUAAUUGCAACUCCCGGUGAUAAGGGACCAAGUAGUUUAUUUAAUGAUAUUGCCUCGCAAAUUCUCGAAUUAAGAGGUCUCACUUCUCGUAAUAAGCAAGUCUCAGUCGCUGAUGAGGAAAUUUUAGAAGAGGGAAAGGAUCCACUAAAUGUGAAAAUUUUGAGAAUUGAAACCAACGCCGAUAAUCAAGAAAGUCAAGGCCAAAAAUUAUCAUCAUUAUUACCAUCUGAAAAUCAUAGUAAAGCAAUUGAAAUAUCAAAAAUUCACGAUAUCAAAGGUCACCUCGAUCAAAAUCAUCAUCAUCAUCAUCAAUUGCAUAAAGAAGAAAUUCACCAUCAUCAGAAUGUGGAAAAGAAAAUUACAUCAUCGGAUAAUCAACAAAUUCUCGGUAAAUUAGGAAUUUCGGGUAAAAUUCAUUCGCAUAAAAAUGAAAAAAUUGAUUCACACACAAACGAUGAGAAGAAAAUUCAUUCAAUCGAGAAAGUAAAAAUCAAUGACGAUAUCAAAAUAAUUAAAAAUAUUGAAAAUACUGAAAAUUCUGAAAAUAGUGAAAAUACUGAAAUUACUAAAAAUACAGAAACAGAUAAAGAUUCAUCGCUAAAAGAGAAGACACCCGAGAAGUUUAUUUCAUUUGGUACAAUAAGUUCUGUAGACGGCAAAGUGGUUUAUAUUUCUGAGAAAAAACAUUCUUCCGACAGUUUAGAUGAAAUUCCAUCAGAAAAGGAUAGUAAAAAAAAUCUUGAAAAAUCCGCUCACGAAGAAAUUGGACAUGCAAAAAUUGAACAUAAACCAAAAGGUGAUAAAAGUAUUUCAACAAAAUCAUCAUCAUCAUCAUCAUCAUUAUUAUUAGAUGAGAAAUUAGAAAAUCAUGAAAGUGUUCAUCAAAAUGAGAAAAAAAUUCAAAAUCAACAAAAUAUCGAGACAAUAAUACGUAAAAUUCGUCGUAUUGCAAGAGGAUUAGAAAAUUCAUUAAAAGAUUCAAAUUAUUCAGAAAAAAGUCGAAUGUCAUUGAAAAAAGAAUUGCCAAGAUUUGAUAAUCUCGAUAAUAUUGAUGAGGGUGAUAAAAAUGAAGUUCGUCUUAUUGCUAAUCAAAAGUCACAAUUAUCUUUAAAACCAAUUGGCGAUAUGAUUGAAAAUUGUGGACCUGGUAGAAUCCGCAAUCGUUAUGGAAUUUGUCAAUUUGAUGAAUCAUUUAAUUAAUUUAAUAAUUUUUCCAUUUUUUUUUCUUCUUCAAUAAUUAUUAUGUACUCACAUUAUGAUAUUAAUAUUAUAUCUACAUAUAUACGAAUAAUAUAUUCGCAUAAU